AAGCCGAGGGCGAUGGGACCGCAGCACCUCCUGCUGACCAGAAGGAGAUGCAGACAGAGGAGGAGGAACAUGUGCCAGGCGAGGAUCCUCAGAUGUCCGAGCUGUCUGGCAUAUUCGUGUUGAAGCCAGAGAGUGUCACAGCAACAAAAGGCAAGGACGUCACGUUUAUGGCUAAAGUUGACUCCUCAAAACUGCUGAGGAAGCCCGUCAUGAAGUGGCUGAAAGGGAAGUGGCUGGACCUGGGAAGCAAAGCUGGGAAGCACCUGCAGUUCAAAGAGACCUAUGACAGAAACACCAAGAUCUACACUUACGAGAUGAGCAUCAUCAAAGUAGUGGAUGGAGACGCAGGUGGUUACCGCUGCGAGGUCACCUCCAAAGACAAGUGCGACAGCUGCACAUUCGAAGUCUCUGUGCAGGCCGUACAAGAGGAGCAGCAGGACAACAUCUUGGAGGCAUUUAAGCGAUCUGGAGAUGCAGGUGAGGAUGCGGGGGAUCUAGACUUCAGUGCCCUGCUGAAGAAAAGGCAGAAGAAACAUCAGGAAGUCAAAGAGGAAGUGGAUGUUUGGGAAAUCUUAAAGGCGGCAAAGCCCUGUGACUAUGAGAAGAUCGCCUUUGAGUACGGAAUCACGGACCUGAGGGGCAUGCUGUCGAGGCUGAAGAAGAUGAAGAAGGUGGAGCCCAAAAAGAGUGAUGCUUUCCUGAGGAAGUUGGAUGCAGCCUACUCAGUGGACAAGGGCAAGAGGAUCCAGCUCACCGUGGAGGUGGCCGACCCUGAUGUUCCUGUCAAGUGGCUCAAGAAUGGACAGGAGAUCAAACCAUCAGCCAAGUAUGUGUUCGAGAGCGUGGGCAACAAGCGGACACUCACUAUCAACAAGUGCAACCUGUCUGAUGACGCAGCAUACGAGUGCGUGGUCGGGGAAGAGAAGUGCUUCACGGAGGUUUUUGUCAAAGAGCCUCCAAUCACCAUCACCAAGCUGCUGGAUGACGUUCACACCGUGGUGGGCGAGAAGGUGGAGUUUGAGGUGGAGGUGUCUGAGGAGGGAGCCAACGUCAAAUGGAUGAAAGAUGGAGUUGAGCUGACCAAAGACUCAGCAGGUUCAAAGUACAGGUUCAAAAAGGAUGGGAAGAGGCACAUUUUGAUCAUAAAUGAAGCGACUUUGGAGGAUAUUGGAAUGUAUCACGCCCUGACUAACGGUGGAGAGUCACAGGCAGAACUGGAAGUUGAAGAUAAGGAGCUUGAGGUCCUGCAGAGCAUAGCUGACCUGACAGUGAAGGCUACUGAUCAGGCUGUAUUCAAGUGUGAAGUGUCUGAUGAAAAAGUGACAGGGAAAUGGUUCAAGGACGGAGUGGAGGUCCAGGCCAGUGAUCGCAUCAAAAUGACACACAUUGGAAGGACCCACAAGCUGACGAUUGAUGACGUGAAGUCUUCGGAUGCUGGGGAUUAUAGCUUUGUCCCUGAUGGCUACGCAUUUUCUCUCUCAGCAAAACUCAACUUCCUCGAAAUCAAGAUUGACUAUGUUCCAAGACAAGACCCUCCCAAAAUACACCUUGACGCCGGCGGCAGCGGCAACAAGAACACCAUUAUCGUGGUGGCUGGAAACAAACUUCGCCUUGACGUUGAGAUCACAGGAGAGCCAGCCCCCACUGUGUGCUGGAUGAAAGGAGACCAAGUGGUGUCUGAGGCUGAGGGGAGGGUCCGUGUGGAGACCAGGAAGACCCUGUGCAGCUUUGUAAUUGAAGGAGCGGAGAAGGAGGAUGAAGGCCACUACUCCAUCACUGUGACUAACCCCGCUGGUGAAGACAAGGCUCAACUCUUUGUCAAGAUCGUGGAUGUGCCCAACCCUCCUGAGAAUGUCAAAUGCACAUCAGUUGGUGAGGACUCUGCCAUAAUCACAUGGGACCCUCCCUCAUUUGACGGCGGAGUUCCUGUUAAAGGGUACCUGAUGGAGAGGAAAAAGGUUGGCUCCUCCAGAUGGACCAAGCUCAACUUCGAUGUUUAUGAAUCCAACACGUAUGACGCAAAGAGGAUGAUUGAAGGUGUACUUUACGAGAUGAGAGUGUUUGCAGUCAACGGCAUUGGCAUCUCUCAGCCCAGUGAAAACUCCAAGCCCUUCAUGCCCAUUGCCCCCACCAGUGAGCCCUGUCGUCUCACCGUGGAAGAUGUGACAGACUCUACCUGUGCACUCAAGUGGCGUCCUCCAGAGAAAAUCGGAGCAGGCGGCAUCGAUGGCUACAUCAUUGAAUACUGCAAAGAAGGAAGUAAUGACUGGGUUCAAGCAAAUGAGGGGCUAGUGGGGAUGAGCCAGUACAGGGUGAAAGGUCUCCCAGUGGGAGAGAAGAUGCUGUUCAGAGUGGUGGCUGUCAACAAGGCUGGACGCAGCCCCCCCGCCGUUCUCUCCCAGGCUGUCACUAUCAGGGAGAUCAUGGAGAACCCAAAGAUCCGCGUUCCUCGUAACCUUAGGUCCAAACUCAUCGCACGUGUGGGCGAUAAGGUGAACUUGGUCAUCCCCUUCCAGGGUAAGCCUCGCCCUGUUGUGAACUGGUUCAAAGACGGCGCUCUCCUGGAGGACAAAUCAGUGGGAACUCGCACCAGUGAGGUGGACACCAUCCUUUUCAUCCGCUCUGCAGAGAGAACCCAUUCGGGGAAAUACACACUCUCCGUUCAGAUUGAAAACAUGUCUGACAGUGCUGACAUACACAUCCAGGUUGUAGAAAAACCCGGUCCUCCCAUCGCUGUACACGUCACGGACGUCUGGGGUUUCAACGCUGCGCUGGAGUGGAAGCAGCCGAAAGACGACGGCAACUGUGAGAUUAUCGGCUACACCAUCCAGAAGGCUGACAUGAAGACAAAGGAAUGGUUCACAGUCUAUGAGCACAAUCGCAGGCCCAGCUGUACUGUGUCUGACCUGGUCAUGGGGAACGAGUUUUCCUUUCGAGUGUACAGCGAAAACAUCUGUGGCCUCAGCGAAGAGCCUGGCGUCAGCAAGAACACCGCCAUCAUUUCUAAAACAGGUCUGGAUUUAAAAGCUCCAGCAUUCAAAGAGAAGGACAUUAAGAGUUCCCCGAAGUUCACAGCGCCCCUGGUGGACAGAAGUGUGGUUGCUGGUUACGCAGCUGCUAUCAGCUGUGCUGUUCGCGGCUUCCCCAAGCCAAAGAUCGUUUGGAUGAAGAACAACAUGAUCCUCGGUGAAGACCCAAAGUAUUUGAUGCAGAACAAACAGGGCGUGCUGACUCUGAAUAUCCGCAAGCCGAGCCUGUUCGACGGGGGUAAAUACUCCUGCAGGGCCAUCAACGACCUCGGGCAAGACGAGGUGGAGUGCAAGCUGGAGGUUCGAGUUGUUCAAGAGAAAGGAGAGGGGGUGAAGAAAUGAGCGACAGCACGAAACAGCAGAGGAUACAGUUGAACAGGAAUAGUAAUGGAUUAUGUAUAACGGGAUAGUCAUGAAUAAAUAUGAUUAGAAUAGAUCACUGGUGAAGCUCUAAAGCCAAUCCCCCUGCUCAACCCCCUUUCCCUUCUACAUGCUUUGCCUUUCAGCGCUGCUAUGACAAAUGCCACAUCAGUAAUAUGCCAUAAAUUCUUCCAGCAAGCUGCCACCUUGUCACAUCCUGAGUGAGAGAAGCUGUAGAGUAGUGUAGUAGCACUGCCCUGCUGUGACCACAUACAGAUGGAUCCCUCUUAUCUGUGAAGUGGACCUGUCACUGAACACACUUAUAAAACAGCCUUUCAUCCAUUA